ACGAAUUCGAAUAAAUUCGAACUCUUUGGUUCUUCAUAUGGGAUGACGGAACGCUCACUGGACUCAUUACCAGUUAUUGGGGGAGUGUGUCGGGAGCUGGGCGGAAAUUGACUUUCAAUCGUAUUUGGAAUUAUAUUUCCGCACACACAGCCUACAGGCACAAGAUGUAUCUCGCAGAGGAAAGGGAAAGACCUAAUAAUUACUGGCAGCUGAGUGCUAUAGCUAAGUGGUCCAAGAGGUGGGAGGAAAAUGACUCACUCAUUAAAUUUACACGAUGCACGUGGACCUCACGAUAGACAAUUGACCGUAACCACCAUAUCAACAAUGGCCAAGCGGCUUGUAAGCCCUAAUAGCGACGAUGAGGAUGCUCAAGACGCGUCUCCCGCCUUUAAACGAGCUCGUACUGAUGGUGCCAGUGAUAUUGAGCCAAAUAAUCGUUCUCAACGACGCGGACCACGAAACAAGGGGAAAGGGAGGGCACCCGGGGAGGAUGGAAAUUCGUCCAGCGAUGAUGAUCAAGAGCCAGAGGUUCAUGCCGAUCACAUUGAUGACGAUCAGUUUGAAGAGCAGUACCAUGAAAGAGUCGAAAAAGCGGUCGACGCAAAGAGGCACAUUGUCGGUGGCGUUGCGGAACACGGAAUCAUUGAGAGCAUUGAGAUGCACCAGUUCAUGUGUCACAGGUUUUUGAGUUUCCAGUUUGGACCUCAAAUCAAUUUCAUUAUCGGACACAACGGGAGUGGUAAAAGCGCUGUCUUAUCCGCCAUAACCAUCGCUUUAGGUGGUAAGAGCAACUCGACCGGUCGAGGAAGCGGCCUCAAAUCAUUUAUCCGAGAGGGCCAAUCUGCUGCCGAAGUCACCAUUGCCCUCAAGAAUCAAGGCGAAGAGGCAUACAAACCUCAUGAAUAUGGCAAGUCUAUACUCAUCACGCGUCGCUUUACCAAAGAGGGUAGCUCGACCUGGAAGAUUAGAGGAUCCAAGAGCAACCAUACGGUCAGUAGCAAGAGAGAAGAACUAUCUGCGAUUUGCGACCACAUGAACAUUCAAGUCGAUAAUCCGAUGAAUGUUCUAACUCAGGAUGCCGCCAGACAGUUUUUGAGCGCGUCCGCGCCAGCCGAUAAAUAUAAGUUCUUUCUUCGUGGAACUCAGCUGUCCCAACUUGCUACGGAAUACGAAACCUGUUAUGAGAAUAUAACCAACACUACGAAGGUCCUCGAAAACAAGAAGGAGGCAAUUCCUGACCUCAAGCAAGCAUUCCGUGAAGCCACUGCCAAAUAUCAGGAAGCUGCUCAAGCCCUCAAGCAGAAGGCGAAAGCCAAAGAACUCAAAACCGAGUUGGCCUGGUCACACGUACGAGUGAAAGAGAGGGACCUACAAUCGAAAAUGGAAGAUGUAGAACAUGCAAAGAGACACCGGGAGAAAAUUGAGGAGAGUCUUAAUGCCGCUAGAGUCAAGUUGCAAAAUGCCGGGGAGAACGUCACCAAGCAUGAAGAAGAAAUCAACGCGAUUGGUAAUAUCGAUGACCUCGACCGACGCAAAAGUGAUUUCAAGACUGAGAUGAAGGCGCUCAAAAGCCAAAUCUCGAAGUGCAGUUCUGAUAUGAAAGAAAUUAACACUUCCACCACUGCAGCGAAAAAUUCCAUUCAGGAUCUUGAGCGCAACAUCGCUGCAGAAAUUCAACGAUCAGCGCAAGAUACUCAGGAAAAGCGUGACGACUUCACACGCAGAAUGGACGAAGCACGAGCGACUGUUGCGGAGCAAGAAAGCAUUAUCAAACAACUCAGUGCUGCUAAUUCGGAUAUUUUGCGGCGCGCUCAAAGUGCUGAGCAAGAUGGCCAAGCGAAGCAGGCUGAGUUAGAACAGUUAAAACAGAAUAUCGGAACUGUCGAGAAUUCCCUCCGUCAACUACAGCGUGAUCAGGACAACAAGUACUCGGCCUACGGACCUGGGAUGUCUCAGGUGGUUGCAAGGAUUCAGCAGAUGAAGUGGUACGGUGACGAACCCUUGGGGCCUUUGGGUAGAUACGUGAAAGUGAAGGAUCCUGACGCUUGGGCAGACCUGCUUGCGCAGCAGCUGGGCGGAUCGUUAACUGCAUUUGCGGUCACGGACCCGAGAGAUAGGGACAGUCUCAAGAGAGUGCUUGAUCAGGCGAAUUUGAAGCACAACCAGAUCAUAAUUUUCGAAAAGGAUAGGUUCGAUUAUAGCUCUGGCGAGCCAGCACCCGAUGUUUUGACCGUCUUGAGGGCAGUAGAGAUUGAAGACGAGGACGUCAAACGAAUCCUCAUUAAUCAAGCCAGGAUUGAGACCCUGAUACUGGCACCUACCCGCAAGGAAGCUGAACAUGUCUUGCGUCGUGUCGGUGGUGGGGUUGCAUGGACUCAAGAUCGUUUCAAUGUGAAACGUUUCCCUGACGGUGGUGGAUCUACCAACCCGCUGAGAAAACCUCAACGAAGCCAAAUGCUGCGAAACGAGGAUUUUGCUACAUGCCAGAGGCAUCUUGAGGCUGAACGCAAGCAGUUGGAUGCACAAUAUGGACCUUUGACUUCAGAAGUUCAACGUUUCCGGACUUCUUACACGGCGCUCAAACACGAAGAGUCUCAGAACAAGCAAAAUUCUCGUCGAGCUAAUUCGAUCCUUACCGGAGCCAACCAAAAAAUUCAGGAUCUACUGCAAGAGGCGAAUGAAGAUACCCCAGUCAAUAUUCAGGGUCUGCAGGAAGCGAAGCUGGAAGUUGAACAAGAGAGAGAUACCUACAUAAAACAGUUCGAGGAUGUUGCACGUACUAAAGCGCAACUCGAGCAGACAUUGAAUAGUCUGACUGAAGAAGAGCUUGCGCUCCGGGCAGAGAUCAACAGCUUCAAUGAUAGACUGAGUGCGAUUCGAGCACGAGUCGAUGCAGCAGUUGAAGCCCGAAUGAACGCACAGCGUGCGGUGCAACAUUAUGAGAAGAAGAGACACGAAUCCGAUGUAGCCAUCGAAGCUGCAGAAACAAUUCUGAAGACUACAACAGAGGAGUUCGAGAGUUGGACGAACAGUGCCUCUGAAAUAGGUGAUCGAGUCGAAACGAACAGGAAACCUGAAGAUAUACAGAGGCAAAUGGACAACGUCAAGAAUGCACUGCAAGAGCGAGAGAAGAGGCAAGGAGCCACUGUUGAUCAGAUCAUCAAGGAAGUCAAUACGACAAAGGAAAAACUGGAAAGGGCGCAGAAGGACUACAAACAGAUGCUUCAGUUAAACAAGAUCCUCCGAGCCUCUUUAGCCGCACGACUUUCACGGUGGCAAGAAUUUCGGCGUCAUAUUGCUCUUCGUUGUAAGAUGGUCUUCCGGUACAACCUGUCUCAGCGAGGAUACUUUGGAAACAUCUUGUUUAACCACUCCGAGCAGACAUUGUCCCUCAAGGUGCAAACGGACGACCAGCUUAGCACUCAAGAUGGCUCGAAGGAGAAAGAUCCUCGCUCUCUCAGUGGAGGAGAGAAAUCCUUUUCCACGAUUUGUCUCUUACUCUCGCUUUGGGAGUCGAUAGGUUGCCCUCUGAGAUGCCUUGACGAAUUCGAUGUUUUCAUGGAUGCCGUAAACCGUCGUAUCAGUAUGAAAAUGAUGAUUGAUACUGCAAAUCAGUCUGACAAGAAACAGUACAUUCUCAUCACGCCUCAGGAUAUGAACAAUAUCACGAUCGGUCCUACCGUUCGUGUCCAUCGUAUGACUGAUCCGGAACGAGGGCAAGGCAUUCUUGCGAUGGGUUGAAUAGGCAUGGACUGAAAUGACUUCUUUUUCUGCUGAUUUCUUGAUUUCCUUUGUACACAUACAUAGAGUAGUCGUAUAUUUCCAAUCACUUACCUACCUAUCCUCAUAAUUACCCCCUUGAUUUCUUCGUCUAUUUUGAUACUCCUUGCACCAAUGGAGUCUAUACGUGCUUGCGACCUGGUAUCUUCAUUGUCUGAAUCAAAGAUUCAUA